AUGCUGCACAAACACAUCGACACAGAAGACGUGAUCCGACAAGCAAAGCUGUCGCCGAUCCGCAACCAUCACGCAAAGCCUCACAACAUCCAUACCCUCGCCUAUGGGUCCCGCUAUGCCACCGAAGACAUCCCCAAGUACAAACUCCCCGAAAAGUCAACAGAGGCCCAGGCUGCAUACCAGCUCAUCCACGACGAACUCGAGCUCGAUGGUAGACCCAACACGAACCUCGCUUCCUUUGUCCACACUUGGAUGGAGCCAGAGGCAGACAAGCUGAUCGUCGAGAACAUGAGCAAGAACCUCGCUGACCAGGAUGAGUACCCUGCAACUAUGCGAAUUCAUGCACGGUGCAUUUCCAUCAUUGGUGACAUGUGGAAGGCCAAGGGAGCGGUUGGGACCUCGACCAUCGGAUCUUCCGAGGCGGUCAUUCUCGGUGGACUUGCCAUGAAGAAGCGCUGGCAGGCCAAGAUGAAGGCCCUCGGCAAGGAUGCCUCUCGACCCAAUAUUGUGAUGGGUAACAAUGCCCAGGUCGCCCUCGAAAAGUUUGCCCGCUACUUUGAUGUCGAGUGCCGUUUAGUUCCCGUCACGACUGAGAGUCACUACUGUCUCGACAUCCAGAAGGCCGCCGAGGCCUGCGACGAGAACACCAUCGGUGUCUAUGUCAUCCUUGGAAGCACCUACACUGGCCACUUUGAGGAUGUUGAAGGCAUGUCCAAAAAACUGGACCAGAUCCAGGAGGAGAAGGGCUGGGAUAUCCCCAUCCAUGUUGAUGCUGCGAGUGGUGGAUUCGUUGCGCCGUUUGCAUUCCCUAAGCUCAAGUGGAGCUUUGAUGUCGACCGCGUCAAGUCGAUCAACACGUCAGGGCACAAGUAUGGGCUGGCGUAUGCAGGCAUUGGGUGGGUCCUGUGGAAGAGCGAGGAGUAUCUCCCUAAGGAGCUAGUGUUCACGCUGUCCUACCUCGGUGCUGAGGAGCAGACGUUUACUCUGAACUUUUCCCGUCCUGCUUGCUUCAUGAUCGCGCAAUACUACAACUUUGUCCGUCUCGGCAAGCAAGGGUACACGUCCAUCAUCGAGAACGAUCUUGACAAUGCCCGUAUUCUCUCCAUGGCGCUCGAGGACUCCACUUACUUUGACGUCCUCUCGGACAUGCACCGCGCCAAGGGCAACUUUGGAUACGACAAAAAGUCCAGCCCGGAAACAAAACAUGGUGCCACCGUCUACAACCCUGCUUUGCCCGUGGUUGCCUUCAAGUUGUCGGAUAACUUCAUAGCCGAGAACCCGCAUGUGAAACAGGCAGCAAUAUCGACCUUGCUACGGACCCGCGGGUGGAUUGUGCCCAACUAUGCGCUCCCGCCUGCGCUUGACAAGGUAGAGAUCCUCCGGAUCGUUGUCCGUGAGUCGUUCAGCCAGGAGCUGGUUGACACGGUGGUUAACGACUUGAUCUGGGCGGCGGAGACGCUGGCGUCGAGCGAGAGUUCGUUUGAUGUUGAUAUCCUUAUGCGCAAGAACAACCCUGUUGAGGAUGCGCACAAGAUGGAUAUCCACGAAGGCACCAGCCAUGGCCCCUCUGGUCGCCAGUGCUAA